AUGGAGAUCGAUCUGUGCACCGUUACAGAAAGACCCAGCCUGAUAUUCAGACUCUCGGGAAAUGCUACUAUGACUCUUGGCUCGAUCGACCUCGUUGUUAAAGCCGGGAGUGUCACCAAAGUCACGGAAUUCUUAGUCAUCAACCGCCGAACAUUGUACAACGCGAUCGUCGGUACUCCAUGGCUUAAUUCCAUGCGAGCGAUCCCUUCGACAUUCCAUCUGUGCCUUAAGUUUCGAACCCCUCGUGGCGUCAAAACUAUACAAGGAGACCGCAUGAUGUCGCAAGUAUGUUUUGCCGCCGAGUUAAAAAGAAAGAAUUUGGCGAUCGAAACUUCCCAUAAAAAGAAAAGAAAGCUGACUCUCGAUGAGAACGCCCCGGAACGAGACUCGAAAGUCUUCUGGCAAUCUCAAAGGGCCGAAGCCCUAGAAGGGAAGAGCGAACCGACUUACGAAUCGGUAAUUUCGAUCUGCUUUGACGAAUCCUCUCCGGAGCGAUGCGUCGAGAUUGGAGCCAACCUCCGCGAGCCACUAAAGACAGAGCUCAUCGCCUGUCUCAAAAAAACCUCAAUGCGUUCGCUUGGGCCGCGGAAGACAAGCCAGGGAUCGAUAUCGGCAAAACGUGUCAUGAGCUUAACAUCGAGCCGACCUACAGACCCGUCAAAUAAAAAAGGCGGAAUCUAG